GUAAACUCUCCAGUCGCUAGCCUCAAACCAACUCUCUCUACUGUAUCGAUGAAGUUGUUUCAAAGAUGGCGGAUUUCCUGCCGUCCCGGUCCGUUUUAUCUGUAUGUUUUCCAAACUGUAUCCUCACGAGUAACGAGGCAGAACAAUUAAGGAAAUCUAAAGAAAUAGACAAACGUAUUUCGCGGGAUAAACCGUACGUGAAACGGCUGGUGAAGAUUCUCCUACUCGGAGCGGGUGAAAGCGGCAAGUCCACUUUCCUGAAGCAGAUGCGCAUCAUCCAUGGUCAGGACUUCGAUCAAAAGGCCAAAGAAGAGUUCAAGGCCACGAUUUUUAGUAAUGUAAUUAAAGGGGUGCGUGUGUUGGUGGAUGCCAGAGAAAAGCUCCACAUCCCGUGGGGAGAGGCGUCCAACCAGAGGCACGGAGAGACCAUGAUGGCGUUUGACACGAGGUCGGCCAGGAUGGCCCACGGCAUGGUGGAGACCAAGGUCUUCCUGCAGUACCUGCCCUCCAUCCGGGCCCUGUGGGCCGACACGGGCAUCCAGGACGCCUACGACAGACGCAGGGAGUUCCAACUGGGGGAGUCUGUGAAGUAUUUCCUGGACCAUUUGGAAAAGCUGGGACAGCCGGACUACCUACCGACUCAGCAGGAUAUUCUCCUGGCCCGUAAGCCCACUAAAGGUAUCCACGAGUACGACUUUGAGAUCAAGAACGUUCCAUUUAAGAUGGUGGACGUUGGGGGUCAAAGGUCGGAGAGACGGAGAUGGUUUGAGUGUUUUGACUCUGUCACCUCCAUCCUCUUCCUCGUCUCCUCUUCAGAGUAUGACCAGGUCUUGAUGGAGGACCGUCAAACCAACCGUCUCAGCGAAUCCCUCAACAUCUUCGAGACGAUUGUCAACAAUCGUGUUUUCUCCAACGUCUCCAUCAUCCUGUUCCUCAACAAGACAGACCUUCUGGAGGACAAGGUGCGCUCCGUCCCCAUCAAGGACUAUUUCCCAGAGUACCCCGGGGAGCCACACAGCCUGGUGGACGUACAGAGGUUCCUAGUGGACUGUUUCCGGGGGAAGAGGAGGGACGUGACACAGAAGCCCCUGUACCACCACUUCACCACAGCCAUCAACACGGAGAACAUUCGCCUGGUGUUCCGAGACGUCAAGGACACCAUCCUCCACGACAACCUAAAGCAGCUGAUGCUGCAGUGAUCGCAGGGGGGUUAUGACCUUUUUGAAGUCACCUUUUGACCUUUAACCCCCCCCCCUGUGACUCCUCACCGUGACCCACUGACUUGCUGUGAUUGCAGGGUGAUGAGCAGAAGAGUUGUUGUUGUUACACUGUGUCACUGCCUUUUAAGUCACCUUUUGGCCCCUUGACCUUUAACCCCUGUGAGCCCUCACCUUGACCCCUGAUCUCCAGUCACCUCUGGUGCAGGCUGUCACCUAUGACCCUUGACCCCUGAUCUCCAGUCACCUCUGGUGCAGGCUGUCACCUAUGACCCUUGACCACUGAACCCUGUUACCACUUCUAAUGGCCUUGUACCUGGCAGUUCUACCCCCCCCCUCCUAAACCACUGUAAAUGAGCUCUCCCAAUCCCUCCCCUCACACACCCCUCUCCUCUCUGUAAUGGACUAUUCCAGAGUCUGUAGAUAUGUUGAUGUGUUCUGUAGGAUGAAGUUGCCCUCAGACUCUGAUCCUAGGUCAGUUUUUAAUUUCACCCACUAAUGGUUAAUGACAGGAUAUGGGGAGGGGAAGCUGGUCCUAAAUCUGUUGUUCCAUAUUACUAUAUUCACUCUGUUGGUUCACACUUAACUCUGUUGGUUCACACUUAACUCUCCUUUCUCACUCUGUCAUAUUGUAACCUGUCUGAGAAGUCCAGACCACUGCUGGAGGUUAGCGGUCAAGGGUGAGGGGGUCAACUGGCCUUUCUGUGUUGGAGGGAGGAGUCUAAGGUCGUCACCCACGGCAACCAGGGAAAAGGGGGUGGUAAAUGCUGUAGAACAAAAUGAUGAUGAUGAUGAUGAUGAUGAUGACUGUGUUUUACUGGCGUCAGCCUGUCGCUAUGCACCUCCACUCACACCUGCCCUGAACUGGCUUGAUUCUACACUUCCUUUUCCCUCAGAGCCUGAUUAUGACAUCACCGUGCCCCGCCCCCAUCAUUCUGACAGCCAAUCAGUGUCACUAUCUGGAUGUGGAACCAACUGCAGCGGAGAGCUUGUUACUUGUUGUUGCUGAGGGGGAAGUUAAAGAGUGGAGGGACUUUACAACACUGUACUAAAACUAAUCCUUAAUGAUUCCACAAAUAAGCCUUUUACCACUGUCUGAUGAUUACCUAUCAAACAGAGCUAUACACACACACACACACACACACACACACACACACACACACACACCCUGCCCAUAGAGACUCUUCUGACCUGAUCCUGGUCUUACUGUUUGGAACUUUUAACUUUUUUUUCACAUAGAUUUAUUAUGAAUAUAUGUACCUAAACAUUGUCUUAAGUUAUAUUUGAAAGGUUUUACACACGUUUGAUUUACACCUGCUGAUGGACAGUGUUAAAGGCUAUGGAAGAGGGUGUGUGAACACACGCGCUCAGACAGACUGGCUCGGACAGACUGGCUCGGACAGACCAGUUGAUAAACUACUGAGCUAAUUCUCAGGAUACAUUGUGGACCACUGUGUAUGUAGAGCAAUGAUGUUCAUUUGCCUAAGUCCUAAAACACACAGACAGACGGCUGUCCAUCAGAGGCUGGUAGUCUAAACAACUUGCCGGCCAGCUACAUCCCCUCUUCCAGUCCUUUUUUUCUCCCCUCUUUCUGUCCCUCUCUCUGUGUUAGUGUAAGCACGUGAUCAGCCUUAUAAACCCUGUGGAGGCUCAUCCUAGAGGGAAGAGGGAGUGAUCAGCCUUAUAAACCCUGUGGAGGCUCAUCCUAGAGGGAAGAGACAGUGAUCAGCCUUAUAAACCCUGCAGAGGCUCAUCCUAGAGGGAAGAGAGAGUGAUCAGCCUUAUAAACCCUGUGGAGUCUCAUCCUAGAGGGAAGAGACUGAUCAGCCUUAUAAACCCUGUGGAGGCUCAUCCUAGAGGGAAGAGACUGAUCAGCCUUGUAAACUCUGUGGAGGCUCAUCCUAGAGGGAAGAGACAGUGAUCAGCCUUAUAAACCCUGCGGAGGCUCAUCCUAGAGGGAAGAGAGAGUGAUCAGCCUUAUAAACCCUGUGGAGGCUCAUCCUAGAGGGAAGAGAGAGGGAUCAGCCUUGUAAACUCUGUGGAGGCUCAUCCUAGAGGGAAGAGACAGUGAUCAGCCUUAUAAACCCUGCGGAGGCUCAUCCUAGAGGGAAGAGAGAGUGAUCAGCCUUAUAAACCCUGUGGAGGCUCAUCCUAGAGGGAAGAGAGAGGGAUCAGCCUUAUAAACCCUGUGGAGGCUCAUCCUAGAGGGAAGAGACAGUGAUCAGCCUUGUAAACUCUGUGGAGGCUCAUCCUAGAGGGAAGAGACAGUGAUCAGCCUUGUAAACUCUGUGGAGGCUCAUCCUAGAGGGAAGAGACUGUGAUCAGCCUUAUAAACCCUGUGGAGGCUCAUCCUAGAGGGAAGAGACAGUGAUCAGCCUUAUAAACCCUGCGGAGGCUCAUCCUAGAGGGAAGAGACAGUGAUCAGCCUUGUAAACUCUGUGGAGGCUCAUCCUAGAGGGAAGAGAGAGUGAUCAGCCUUAUAAACCCUGUGGAGGCUCAUCCUAGAGGGAAGAGAGAGUGAUCAGCCUUAUAAACUCUGUGGAGGCUCAUCCUAGACAUACUCUUAUCAGUCAGGGGAAAGUGAUGGGGAAACUGUGUCAAAUGAUUUGAUUUCAUUAUGAAUCUUUCUCUCUCUCCUUAACUCCUCACCAACCAAUGUGCCUUUAUCUCUAGCAAACCCCCAUAGCAGGCCUUUUAAAUGAGUUGGACGUUGGGUUUCUACCAACUGAAGGGAAACCAGGAGAAUGAUACCAUUCACAUUGUUGUACCCGUUAUCCAGGGGGCGUCUGAAGUCACACCCUACUACUCUCUAUCUAGUGCACUGCUUUCGGCCCUGUGUGUCUUUGAUAGGGCACUACUUAGUGCACUACUUUUUAACAGAGCACUAUGUUAUUAUUAUUAUUAAGGUAGUAGGGUGCGGUUUUGCACGUAGACUCCUAUAAUCUCUCUCGUUGUCUCACAAGUGAGCGCUAUACCCUAUAUAGUUUUGGAUGCAGUCUGAGUCUCGUUGGCCAAACAUGCUGCAUGUGUAGCUCAAGUCUCUCUCACAAACACGGUCAGCUCUGUCAGGGCUUCUGACUGAUCGCUCCAGGCCACCCCUUCCAUAGCUCCGAGUCAUCCCCAGCACAGAGCUCUUUGUCUGGGCUGAGACUGUGUCAGGCCCCCUUGGCUGAAGGCCACCAUUCCAUCCUCUAUACCAGUCGGAUGGACUGGUGUGACUGGGACCAGUGUCUCCUCCCCCCGCGCCAGUAAGUCAGACCAGACUAGGGUCUGUGAUUUGCCUUUGUCGAUGCUGAACAAACAGGUUUUUGAACAACACACCCUCCUACAGAGGCAGACCCAACUUGUCCCAAAGUGAUCAUUCUAGAAUCAUGUGCAUUCUAGAACUGUCCGUUCUAGAACUGUUUCUAGCCAUUCUAUUUCUAUGGGUGUAGUCAGUCGGUGCUUUUUGCCAAAUGGCCUCCAGAGUGACUCAAUACCCAGUAGACAGGCAGACGGACAGAUCUAUGUCCCCUACUGGUCUUAUUUAGUGAGGGAGAGCUCAAAUAGGAGUCCCAAGUGGCACCCUCUUCCCUAUAUAGUGCACUAAUGUUGACCAGGUCCCAUAGGGUCUAAAGUAGUGCACUAUGUAGGGAAUAGGCUGUCAGACAGACGCAGGCCUUUGUCUGCUCCGGUCAGAGAGAAGGGUAGACGGUCUGCCUGGAGUAACACCGUGGUCAGUAUUCAGUCAGUGUGUAUGUAUCUGCUCCUUCAGGCGAUCUCUCUCUCUGUGCUGUUGCUGUGGUUUUCAACGUGUGCCAACGACUCCGUUCCAAUAUCAACGCUAGCCCACUCGUUCGAAUGCACUGCUUCCUUCAUGUUAGUGUGGAUGUUGGAAUGCAGCCCCAAGAGUCAGUCAGAACACAGUGUCAUUUCAAAAGCCCAGGCCCACUUUGACGAUGUCACAAAGCCAAACGCCUGUUUCAUUAGGAUUCUGCUACAGACAAAAACCUGCCUUCAGUGGCCUGGUCGGCCUCCACAACUGGUUUUAACCCAGUCUGAGUUGUCAUUCAUUGUGUCAAAAAGAGUUGUAGAGGUUUCAAGCUGUUAACUGUGAUGUCAGAGCCCCGCCCUGCCCUGAGAACUGUCUGUUCCUCUACUACAACUCCUUCUUCCUGCUCUCUCUCUCUCUCUCUCUCUCUCUCUCUCUCUCUCACUCUCUCUGUCUCUCUCUGUCUGUCUCUCUCACUCUCUCUGUCUCUCUCUUUCUCUCUCUCUUUCUGUCAUUCUGUCAUUAUGACAUCACUGAGGGUUCUGACACAUCUAGAAUGAAACAUCAUUCUAGUUCUAUUGAUUCUAUGGAAUGUGGAGGAAGGUUUGGGGCCAGGUCCAUUAUAUCAAGGUGAAGGUGCAAUCUGGCGUAUUGGACCUGGGGUGGGAAGGACCUGAGGUGUGUGUGUGAGGUGAUGGUGUUUUAAAGCUAUGCAACAGCACUGUGCUCCAGUCCACACAGCAAAAAUACUUAAAAUGAACCACUUCUGUAUGUUAUGAGAAUAAUCACCAUGAUGUGUUACUGCUCUGCCCCAUGUAAUCAGUUCUUUAUUAGUGAAGAGUCAAAUAUGCAAAUGAUCUGCCAAAAUAUGACUGAUAUUGUUGUGCCUCCUGUUACCCGACUUCGCCUUUUUCCCCUAAUCAAGGUUUUAUACUUGCAGUGUUUUGCCUUAGCGCUGUUUUUAUGUCCUCAUUUCAAGAUGGUUUGCAUUCCAAAUGGCACCCUAUUCCCUACAUGACGACCUAUUGGCUCUGGUCUAAAGUAGUAUACGUAAAUAGGGACAUGGGGGGGUCAUUUGGGACGGUAUCCAAGAAGAUAAUUCACAUACGAGUCCCAACAACGGUUACAAAACUGUGUCUCUGGCUCAUUGUAGUUCAGAUGUUUUUUAUUAUUGUUUAUGACGAAAUGCUUUCAUUGUACAGUCUCUAACUUAUACCUUCUUACUGUUCUCCCAAUAAAACCACAAACCAUUUCA